CAUCAGAUCAAGCAUGGCAACCUGAGUUUUCACAACGCAAAGUUGAUAGGGAGCUAUUCGCUGAGAGUAGGGCGGAGUAGUUGUAGGGUCUAUUAGAGACAUCUUCUGUUCUCCGUAGCUGAAGCUCAGGAUGCCGACGGUUUCUCCCAGCAGCAGCAGCCGUCAAUCCUCAGGCCAGAUGUUGCCGGGAAGAAUAGUGAUUACCACCUGUCUGCUAGUUGUUACCGUUGCGGUACCGGACAAGAUACCUAUAGGAGCAAUAUUUCCGCCUGGCACAGAUGACCUCCAGACUGCUCUCAAAUACUCAUUUUAUGUUCAUAACAACGAUACACAAGCUCGUUUCAAGGUGGAGCCCGUCAUAGACCAAGUAGAUAGUGAAGAUCCUUUUAAAAUCGCACGGACUC